GAAAAUUCAACUAGACAGACAGCGAACGUCCGUGCGGUGUAGAGCGCCAGAAAAGUUUUCCAAGUGCACGAAGUUUUUUUUUCACCUCUCGUGUUGUGUGAAUUUGAUUUUGUUGUAAAAUAAAUUAAUUAUUGUCUUCUCUCGAUCGACAAUAAUAAAAAAAAAAUUAUUAACAAUGGCUUUAGUCAGGAUUACAUCCAGUAAAUUGCCAGAAGCACAGAAACUUAAUUCAGUGCUAGCAUCAUACGUCCGUUUUCUUUCGGGUGAUGCCAGCCUUCGUCAAGUACUUGAGGCUAAAAUCCCAAAGGAACAAGAACGAGUCAAAAACUUCAGGAAACAACAUGGAAACACCAAAGUUGGUGAAACCACCAUCGAUAUGAUGUACGGUGGUAUGCGAGGUAUUAAGGGUCUUGUUUGCGAAACCUCAGUUUUGGACGCUGAUGAAGGUAUCCGUUUCCGUGGUUUGUCUAUUCCUGAAUGUCAAAAAGUCCUGCCCAAGGCUCCCAACGGUGCGGAACCACUGCCCGAAGGUCUGUUCUGGUUGUUGCUUACCGGUGAAGUUCCAACUCAACAACAAGUGCAAGGUCUUUCUGCUGAAUGGGCUGAGCGUGCCGCUCUGCCCCAGCAUGUUGUAACUAUGCUUAAUAACAUGCCAUCGACAUUACAUCCAAUGUCCCAAUUGGCUUGCGCCGUCACUGCUCUGAAUCAUGACAGCAAAUUUGCUAAGGCUUAUUCAGAUGGAGUUCAUAAAACCAAGUACUGGGAAUACGUCUACGAGGACAGCAUGGAUUUGAUUGCCAAACUGCCAGUUGUUGCUGCUACUAUUUAUUGCAACACAUACAGAGGAGGAAAGGGCUCCAAGUCCAUUGAUCCCAGCUUGGAUUGGUCUGCUAACUUUGUUAAGAUGUUGGGUUACGAUAAUCCCGAAUUCACCGAACUCAUGCGUCUUUACCUGACCAUUCACAGUGAUCACGAAGGUGGCAACGUUUCUGCCCACACUGUGCAUUUGGUUGGAUCAGCCUUGAGUGAUCCAUACCUAUCGUUCGCUGCUGGUAUGAAUGGUUUGGCUGGUCCACUCCAUGGUUUGGCCAAUCAGGAAGUACUUGUUUGGUUGAUGAAACUCUCACAACAAGUUGGAAAGACCCCAACUGAACAAGAACUCAAAGAUUUCAUCUGGAAGACACUCAAAUCAGGACAGGUUGUUCCUGGAUAUGGUCAUGCUGUCCUUCGUAAAACAGAUCCCCGUUACACCUGCCAGCGCGAGUUCGCCCUCAAACAUCUGCCUAAUGAUGAACUCUUCCAAUUGGUGUCGAAAGUCUACAAGGUUGUGCCACCAAUUCUAACUGAACUUGGCAAGGUUAAGAACCCAUGGCCAAAUGUAGAUGCUCACUCCGGUGUUCUCCUCCAAUACUACGGCAUGAAGGAAAUGAACUACUACACUGUCCUCUUCGGUGUGUCCCGUGCCCUUGGUGUUUUGGCUUCCCUCGUGUGGGAUCGUGCUCUUGGCUUACCAAUUGAACGACCAAAAUCCCUCUCCACCGACGCUCUAAUGAAGGCUGUUCAAAAGUAAAUCAGCAAUAAAACGACCCUAAUAACCUCACGCUCAUCAUCCCCCUCCUAGUUCAAUCUAAAUUAUAUUUAAAUAAUUUAAAUAGGUAUACAUAGUUCUACAUCCUAGUAUGUAUAGCGAACGUGAAUCAAAAACCAAAUUCUUAAAAUGCUAAGCCAACUAAAGUGUUACAUAAAAAAGUAUUUAGCUUCUUAAUGUUGCAUUUUAUCAGAACAUACUGUACUGAUGUGAAAACAAAAAUUACAUAACAAGCAUUGUUCAUCCAACUUUAAGAUUAAAAUUAGAGUUUAGAGAAUCUAAUAAGAACCUCUAGAUUCAGCUGACUGUAAAACAUUUUGUUGCUAUAAUUUUUCCUUGCAAAAAUAUUUUUAUUUUUUUUUUGGGUACACAUAACAAUUAAGUCUAAAGUGAGGUAAUUGAGUUAUGAUCACAUUGCAACCUAUUUUUAUUGAGUAUGAUUUCUUGCGGAUAAUCGAAGCUUUAAUAAAUUUUACUUAAUUAAUAUUUAAUUUAUUUUAGAGAGGAUAUAUUUAAACAAAACAAAUAAAAAGUCAGCAUAAGCAAUGUUGUGAGUGUAAUUGAAUAUCAGGAACAUAAAUUCGAUAAGUCAAUAAAAGUUGUAUUAGACUAUUAUUUAAAUUAAAUAAAAAACAGUCAAAAGUUAAAAA